UCUCCAAUUUGCUCUUAAGGCUCGAGGUUCCUCGAGUUGGGGGGUUUUUUUUCUCUUUUUUCUCUACACAACACUUUCUCUUCAUACAACAGAACAUAAUUUGGACAAAAAGAGAUACAUUCGCUAGCGAAAUCAACCCUGAAGGUACUCGACCCAGCUCUUUCUCGAAUUCAUAACUCAAUACUAUCUAUUCUACGUCGAUACUCUGUCCCUCAAUCUAGUUUUACAACAACGAUCUAUCCUAUUCGACCCCUCUUCUCUACGUCAGCACUCUAAACUUUCCAAAUACUCUGAUUCUACAGUCCGCAAUUUCAGAACGGUCUUGACGUUGCACAAACACCUUCGACAUUACUCCAUCACUCCACAUCACGCGAACACUCUGUUCUACUUAAUCCAGCAUACUUUAAGUAUCUGAUCUACGAUCUCGAAUUCUAUUGCUUUGUCUAUCAAAAUAUACAUCAUGUGUAAUUGGAUUUAUGAAAUUGGUACCUGUUGGCCGGGACACGCCGCUAACCAACAGCCGGCCAUUUUCCCAACCGAUCGUAAGAAGCAAUGCACUGCCGCCGCGAUUUGGGGCGAAGAUUAUUUCUGUGACGAUGUCGAUACCACCGGCAUCUUACCAACAGAUAUUAUCGUGAAAUCGAAAGAAUCAAUCAGGUCUGUCAAGGAUGCGUGGAGAAUCUCAGAGUACAUCUGGAAGAACUCAGGACAAAUAUUGCUGAUGCGCAGCAGAGUCGCGAGGACUGUAAAUGAAUAGAGGAGGGAUUUAAAAUAGGUGUACGUGUAAGAUAGUAGUAUUCCACAUAUGAAAAAACAAGCAUUUGAUGCUUGAAAAUAUUAGA